CGAAAUCCCAGGCGCAGUCAACCCCCCUUCCUCCAUCCCUCAACAGCCACCUCUUUUCGUUAUCCAGAUUGCGAGUUUCCGUUGCACGGGCAAGACAACUCGACAGCAAUCAUGGCCGACUCCGCAGUGACGAUCCGAACUCGAAAGUUCAUCACCAACCGAUUGUUGGCGCGCAAGCAAUUCGUCGUUGACAUUCUGCACCCCAACCGACCCAACGUGUCCAAGGACGACCUGCGGGCUAAGCUGGCCGAGGUGUACAAAUCCAACAAAGACCAGAUCAACGUCUUCGGUCUGCGCACACACUACGGCGGCGGCAAAUCCACCGGUUUCGCCCUCAUCUACGACAGUGUCGAGGCUCUUAAGAAAUUCGAACCCCACUACCGACUGGUCCGAGUGGGCCAGGCCUCCAAGAUCGAAAAGGCCAGCAGACAACAGCGCAAACAGAGGAAGAACCGCUCCAAGGAGUUCCGAGGUACCGCCAAGACCAAGGGUGCCAGCAAGGACAAGAAGAAAUAAGCGCGAGGAUGAUGACGGUGUGACGAGGUUGACAGAAUGGGGUGUACGGUGGUGCGAAUGGUGGAGCAUGGGUGCUCAUGUGGUGAGAUGUGAGAGUGGGAGAGAGCUUAGGGGAAAGGAAAACGACUUCUUCGAUGUUCAAAGCGUGGGUCUGGAUUGGUUGAGUUCAUGGAUGCGAACGAAGUGCUCUGGACCCCGCUCAAAAAAACCUCAACCCAUCCCAUUCCUCAAAGCAAACCCUGUGCAUGUGUGGUGGUUUACAAAGGAACUGGUGGAUGCAAGCAGACUUUACCACCAAACAGAGAAACAGAUGCUGAGCUGCCGUCGGGUUUUGCUCGAUGCAGGUAGCGGUGGGAGUUGAGAUACCAGCCAAAAUAAAUGGCCUUGGUUCUUGACUCAAUCCAACCAAACCAUCAAUCAAUCAAUCAAUUCAUCAAUUGCGUUCCAUCCACUUUGGGCUUCCACACCUUC